AGGGAAUAAAAGGGCCAUUUUAAAAAUAGAAGGCUCAAAAAAGUGGUUCAAUCAAUGACGAAAGUACGCUAUCACCGGAAUGGUUACAUCAAUCAGCUGAGCCACACAGUACAAUAGUUUUGACAUUUUCAACAGGGAGGUUAGACGUCGGGUAGGGCAAAUGUCAUGUUUAGGCUUGCAGCUAAAUUUUUCGUGAGAUCGUCAGGAAACGUUUUCAGUCAUGAAAGGAACCGACUCCGAUUGCGGAACCGGACCGUCAGAAACCACGGCUCGAGGCGGUUGGAGGCGUUCCUGCCGAGCGGCUACUUCGAGUCCGAACCGAAUAACGAGUCCGACUGCAGGCGGAGGAGGUUCGCAGAUGUGAUGCUCGUCUCGGGGAUCUUCUCCUUCUUGAACAAGAGAGAAGAACCGGAUGGAGAAUCCGAGCUCAUAACGACAAUCAAACGCGCCGUACUUCUUAUACAGAGGGACGAGUUUAAACCCGCAGAACAGAUGCUCCAUGUUGCACUGAAGUUGGCCCAAGAACAGCAGAAUGCUGAUGGAAUCACGUACAUUUACGAUCUUCUAGCCAAUCUUGCUUUUGCUCAGGGACAGUUUUCUAAAGCAGAAAAAUUAUUUAUCCAGGUAAUGCAAAGAAUAAUAGCUGCAGGAUCCAAAGAGGACGAUUUGAAGCUGUUACAUAUGAGCCUCAAACUUGCAAAAAUUUUUGAAGAAAAGAAACAAUUUGUAGAGGCAGAAGAAGGAUAUAAAUAUUGCUUAAAAAACCUCGGUGAAAAAGUUGACCAAGGUACAGAUGAAGAUACUCUUCUUCUUUGGGCAAUGACAUUAGAUUGGUAUGCCAGAUUUCUUCUUGAUAGGGAAAGAUUUAGCGAAGCUUUAAAUUAUUUUAAUCAAGCUUAUCAAAUGUCAUUAAAAGUAAAUGGCGAAGUGCAUGAACAAACAGUUGUUCUUUUGAACGACUUGGGAACCAUCAGCUAUCUCAUUGGCGAUGCCGACUCGGCCAUGACGUUUCUAACGAAAGCAGUUGAAAUUGGAAAACAUUUACCUAACAUGUGGGACCUGUCAAGUGUAUACAUAAACUUGGGAAACAUAUACAUGCAGAAAAAAAUGUUUGAAGAAGCGAAGAAACAUUGUAAAGAAGGUUGGCAAAAUGCGACGAGACAUAACAACCAGGAAGGUGUAAACGAGGCAAACGUCUGCCUCCAACAGCUGUCUCAUAUGAUCAAGUAGUAGCAUUUUACGCGUCCACAAUAAAUACAUACUAUCUUUAAUCGUUGGUUUAAUUGAUCUUAAUGAACAAACUGGUGCUACUUUUUAUUGUUAAGUUAGACUAAAAGUCACGGUUGUAUCCUUCUUACUAGUAAAGUUACUAAUAAUAAUAUUUUAGUCAUGGAUAUUUUACAAAUCCAUUAAGUCAUAAACAAUUAGUAGUUUGUUGUCAAAUUUAGUUAUUGAUUUUUCUAGUAUCCAAUGUGGAUAAAUGGGAUAACUUGUCACUUUUGAAUACUGUGAUUCUUCAUAUUCAUGACCAGCUUGUUUCUAUUUUAAAAUCUCGAUUUUUCCUUAACCCUGCAGUAGGUGUGUAUAUAAAAACUACAGAAGUUUUUUUUUAAAAUAUUAUAUCAUCAUAGGAACAAAUAGAAUGAAAAAUAUGAGCAUAAACAUUUAUAAUAUGAAACACUAGUAAUUACGACUAAUUAAAUACUCAUUUAAAUAAACGACAAAUUUAUUUUUUAAAGAUAUUUUAAAAAUGGAACAAAAAAAAGACUAUUUGUAACUUUUCGAUCUUCUUCAAUAUUUUAUUCAGUCUUCCUGAUUAGCAUAGUCUUUAUCGCAAAGUUAUUGGCGUUUGCAUACAAAUGUCAUACGUUCUGAGCUUGUUAUGUCGUUUUGUCAUUUUUACAAUUUUCACAUUUAUGACAUGGCCCAACAGUAUGAUUUUGAGUUGGUCUUCCAAUUUGGAGAUCACUAUAAAGAAAAGAUAGGCAGAUCUUUUGGAAGAUUUUUUUAUACUGGCUCUCUCCUGUAUCUGAUUUUCAGCAAACUGUAAUAAAUAAUAAUAAAUUAUUUAAAAUUAUCUUCUUAGGGCUGAAUCUGAAAGGUUAUUGCUUUGAAAAAUUGCAUGAGCAUUGAUUUCAAUGUUAAGCAUUCUAAAAAAAAAUUAAAGCGGCAAAUUAAUUUUUGUUUUUGUUUUAAAUGAGGGUAUUUCAACUAUGAGAACUGUGAAGUUAACUGCUAAAUUUGAAUCCAGGACCUUUACCUGAUGGUGACCUUUACAGUGAUGAGCGCUAUAGUAAUGCCUAAACCGUUAUGGCCACUGACACUCCCACUUGUAUUGUUGUGUCGUGUUUUACUGUGUGUCCAAGUACCCAUUUAAAAAGAUGUGUACAAUUUAUGAAUUUUAUAAGAAUCUAGAAUUGUAGAAACAAAUCACAUUAUACAUACAAUCAACAUUCAGUUCUGACCUAGGUGAAUUUCUUAAACAUGGGAUUGAACUUUGAAACAAUAAUUAUUGUAUACUGGAACGUAUUGUAUUGAUGUGAUUGAUAUUAGCCUUAAA